AUGGCUAUCUUAAAAAUAUUGAAUGUUGGUUCUUCGUCAAACCAAGAGUUCUACUCUAGAGAGGAUGCCGAAGAUUCAGUCAAGUAUAUAAGCGGGACAAUUCUUGAUGAUCGCCCUAUUCGAGUAGAUUUUGAUUGGGGAUUUCAAGAAGGCAGGCAAUGGGGACGUGGUCGAAGUGGUGGACAGGUUUGCCCUGGAACUUUAUCUGAUUCAUAUCUUCUUUUUCAGUGGUCCGGCACUGAAAUUGGGGUUUUGUCACCUGGGACAGUCCUACGCAGGGGUGGUUAUGGAAAAUUGGUUCAGAGAGAGUUGGAAGCGCAAAGGCAGCUAGUAGAUUAUGGUACCGGAUCAUUGGCGUCCUUCCCACCUGUUAUGCCUCCUCACUGUAAGUUCAGGAGCAACUUCAUGCACAUUUCUCUUGUUUUUACACUACUAAGAAAUUGA